AAAAAAAAAAAGACGCACGUAAAAUACGGGAAGGCGUGCGAAGGGACAAUACAGCGUUUCUGAUCAUAACAACUUCAACACGCAGCCGACUCUUCUUCUUCUUCCUCUUCCUCUUGGUGGGACCAAUCCAUACUUCUCGAAAUCUGAGAACAGAGAUAAGCAUUUAAUGGUGGCUCUCUGCUCGAGCGAUUCUGAUUCUCUCUGAGAACUCCUUUCUCUCUUCCACCCAUACCCUCUUUUUUUUGUCAACGCCUCUCAGACAGAGUUCGUUGCCCCCGCGUGAAGCUUUCGUCAUCAAAAUCAUAAAGAUCCCUCUGCUUACACGCAAUCUCCAUAUCCUCUCCUCUAAUCCGUAGAGAGUUGUUCCACAAUCAAAUCCCCCAACUUGCUUCCUUGAGGUAGCUUUUUUGCUUUUACCGUCUUUGCGCGUGUCCCAUUCUCUUCUCCAUAGUUCCCUAACACUGAAAAGCUCAUCAAGUUCAGCUCUUAAAGUUUCUAAAAAGAUGGAGGUCAAGUUAUGGAACGAUAAGCGCGAGAGAGAAAUGUAUGAGAAUUUCGCUGAGCUAUACGCUAUCAUCAAAGCUACUGAGAAGCUCGAGAAGGCUUAUAUCCGUGAUCUCAUCUCUCCAUCCGAGUACGAGACCGAGUGUCAGAAACUCAUUGUCCACUUCAAGACACUCUCCGCAACGCUCAGAGACAUGGUCCCAAGCAUUGAGAGGUUCGCAGAGACAUACAAGAUGGAUUGCUCGGCUGCUGUUUAUCGGCUUGUGACUUCUGGUGUUCCGGCUACUGUUGAGCAUCGAGCUGCAGCAAUGGCUUCUACUUCAAGCUCUGCUUCUGUUGUUGCUGAGUGUGUUCAGAACUUUAUCACUUCCAUGGAUUCACUGAAGCUCAACAUGGUCGCUGUUGACCAGGUGUAUCCGUUGCUGUCUGAUCUCUCUGCUUCUCUUAACAAACUGAGCAUUUUGCCACCGGAUUUUGAAGGGAAGAUGAAGAUGAAAGAGUGGCUUUUGAGGUUGUCUAAGAUGGGAGCUUCAGAUGAGCUCACUGAGCAGCAGGCUCGGCAACUUCACUUUGACCUUGAGUCUUCCUACAAUUCCUUCAUGGCUGCUUUGCCUAAUGCUGGUAACUAACCGAUGUGAUGUGUGUUUCGGUUUCUUUUGCUUAGAGUACUUGGCUUUAUGUAGUUGUAAUGAUGGCUUUAGGAUAAUGAUUUUGGUUCAAGACACUUUGCUACAUUUCGGAGAUGAAUGUUGUAGACAAAAACAAGUCUUUCUUUUGUUGUGUAAAAGAUUAUGCCUAUUUUUUUUUUUGAAAUGUAUGAAUGGCUUUAAGACAAUCUGCUCAAUCCAGAGAUGAAUGUUCGUAGCGUAA